UCUUUCUUCUUGACAGUGGGAGGAAGUAAGCAUAAUGGAUGAGAAAAACACUCCGAUCCGCACCUACCAGGUUUGCAAUGUGAUGGAGCCCAGUCAGAAUAACUGGUUACGAACUGAUUGGAUUCCCCGCGAGGGGGCUCAGAGGGUAUAUAUUGAAAUCAAGUUCACACUGAGAGACUGCAACAGCCUGCCAGGUGUCAUGGGAACUUGCAAAGAGACUUUCAACCUCUAUUACUAUGAAUCAAACAAUGACAAGGAGCGUUUUAUUCGAGAGAGCCAGUUUGCCAAGAUCGACACCAUCGCUGCUGAUGAGAGCUUCACCCAGGUGGACAUUGGCGACAGGAUCAUGAAGCUGAAUACAGAGGUGCGGGAUGUGGGACCUCUCAGCAAGAAAGGGUUUUACUUGGCUUUCCAGGACGUCGGUGCCUGCAUUGCUUUGGUGUCUGUUCGUGUCUUCUAUAAGAAGUGCCCACUGACAGUUCGAAACCUGGCGCAGUUUCCAGACACCAUUACCGGGGCUGAUACAUCCUCUCUGGUGGAGGUUCGUGGCUCCUGUGUCAACAACUCGGAAGAGAAGGACGUGCCAAAAAUGUACUGCGGGGCAGAUGGUGAAUGGCUGGUACCCAUUGGCAACUGUCUGUGCAAUGCUGGCUAUGAAGAACGCAAUGGUGAAUGCCAAGGUAAGAUGAGCCAUAUUGUACUUUUCAUUAGGGCUUAGUUGAAUACAUAAUUGAAUUGGAGAUGAGAGUAAAUGGAGUAAGGCCAGUAAUUAGCAGCCCCUGUGGGAUG